AUGCCAUUCGACAAUGACAAUGAUGAUGAUGAUGAUGAUGAUAACGGUACCGGUUCCGCUUUAUCUAAUACCGGUGGACAAGAUAAACUUAUUGGAACUAUGUAUUCCGGACGUAGUGGUCCACAGGGAUCUUCUCAGGUGGAUUUUAGUAUUAUUGAAUAUUGCGAUCGUAUUAAAAAAGAAUUUAAUUUAUUACAACAACAGUGUCAAAGUUUAAAAUUUGAUUGUGAAAAAUUAGCACAAGAAAAAAUUGAAGUUCAUCGUCAAUAUGUUAUGUAUUAUGAAAUGUCCUAUGGACUUAAUGUUGAAAUGCAUAGACAAUCAGAAUUAGCUAAACGUUAUUUAGCUAUAUGUCAUCAAAUAUUACCAUGUUUAUCACAAGAACAACAAAAUCAAGUAGCUACAACACUUGAACGUGCAAAACAAGUUACAGUUGCUGAAUUAAAUGCAAUUAUAGGACAACAAAUGCAUGCACAAGGUGUUGCUUUUCCUCAUGCUCAUAGUCAAACACCACAUUUUAGUGCAUCACCUUUUGGAACUGCUGGACUUCCACCUGGACUUCUUGCUUUACAAGGUGUUGCAGCAGCUGCACAACAAGCAUAUCUUAAAGAUGAAAAAGGUUUAGAAAUUAAAGAAAAAGAAGUUUUAUUUUUUUUUUUUGCAAUUGUUUUAGAUAAUUUAGAACGUGCAGCAGCAUUAUCACAUAAACGUAAUGCAAGUUCACCACAUCAUAUAAAUGAAAAAUAUCGUGGUCAUAGUCGUUCACCAUAUGAAUCAAAAAAACAUAAACGUGAUGAAGAAAGUGAAGGUGAAAAAAGUGAUGGAGAUUUAGUUGUUGAUGAUGCUAACGAGAACGAUAAACCAUUAACAAAUGGUUCUCGUUCACCACAUGAAAAUGGUGAUUCAUCAACAAAAAUAAAUUCGACUAUACGUAAUAAAUCAUCACAUCAUGAUGAUAAUAGUCGAAGUCCUCAUAGUGAUAAUGGUUCAGCACGAAGUACACCUUCACUAAAAGGUAGUGAAAAAAGUGGUUCAACACCGAUUACAACAGCAGGACCAACGAAUACAUCAUUGAGCGGAAAUUCAACGAACAAAUCAAGUUCACGUAGUGGCAUUCGUCAUUCACCCAAACUACCCCCAGCUGCACCAUUUGGACCCUACGGAGCAUUCAUGCCGGAAAAUUUGGCUGCAUUUGCUGCUGGUCUCAAUACAGCCUUCGCAGGAAAUCCAACUGGUUCACCACGUCCUACAUUGAACGAUUUUUAUUCAGCGAUGCGUAUUCCACAACAACAAUCUUUAUUAAUAUCAGCAAAUGCAGCAACAAGUGGAAAUUUAAUUGAACGAAAUGGUAGUAAACAACAUUAUUCAUAUCAUUGUGAUUCAUAUGAUUCAUCACCAUCAUCAUCAUCAUUACAACCAUUUACUUUUCCAUCGGAUGCAUUUGAUACAAUUGAUUGUCCACGUCGUAUAAAAGUUUUAAGUCAUUUACAACAUGGUGAUGUUGUUUGUGCUGUAACAAUAUCCGAUUUAAAUAAACAUAUUUAUACCGGUGGAAAAGGUUGUGUAAAAAUAUGGGAUUUAAAAGAAAGUACAAAAGAUAAUAAUAAUAAUAAACCAAUUGGUCAAUUUGAAUGUUUGAGUCGUGAUGCUUAUAUUCGUUCAGUUAAACUUUUACCUGAUGGUCGAACAUUAAUUGUUGGUGGUGAAGCAUCAAAUAUAUCAAUAUGGGAUCUUAAUUUAACACCAUCAAUAACACCAAAUAGUACAUUAAUAAAAGAUAGUAGUAAUUCAAAUUCAUCAACAUCAUCAAAUUCAUCAACAACAAAUUCAUCAUUAACAAGACUUAAAGGAGAAUUACAAUCAAAAGCAGCUGCAUGUUAUGCAUUAGCUGUUUCAACAGAUGGUAAAUUAUGUUUUAGUUGUUGUUCAGAUGGUAAUGUUCUUGUUUGGGAUAUACAAAAUCAAACAAUUGUUCGACAAUUUCAAGGUCAUACAGAUGGUGCAAGUUGUAUUGAUUUAACACCCGAUGGUUUACGUGUAUGGACAGGUGGUCUUGAUAAUACAGUACGUUGUUGGGAUGUACGUGAAGGUCGACAAUUACAACAAUAUGAAUUUGAUUCACAAAUAUUUUCACUUGGUUAUUGUCCAACAGGUGGUGAUUGGUUAGCUGUUGGUAUGGAACAAAGUUUAAUUGAUAUAUUAAAUGUAUCAUCAACUAAACCUGAUAAAUAUCGUUUAACAUUACAUGAAAGUUGUGUAUUAUCAUUAAAAUUUGCUCAUACAGGUAAAUGGUUUGUAUCAACAAGUAAAGAUAAUCAAUUAACUGGAUGGAAAACACCGUAUGGUGCAAAAUUAUUUGAUAAUAAAGAAGGUUCAUCUGUAUUAAGUUGCGAUGUAUCUCAAGAUGAUAUGUUUAUUGUGACCGGUUCCGGUGAUAAAAAAGCGACUUUAUAUGAAGUUAUUUAUGAAAGAUAA